AUGCCGCAUGGCGAACCUCCAUGCGAGAGAUGUCAAAGCCGACGACUGAAAUGCCAUGUCGACAAGAACGCACAGUCCAUUCUUGAAGAAGCCAAUAGAUGGCGGGGUUCCUUGACAGGCCAGGUAUCUCAGCUACAGACUGCGGUCAACAUCCUGUUGCGCAUGUCUAGGUUGCCGCCUUUAGCAUCAUAUCAAUCAUCAUCCAAUCCGGAGGAUGACAUGACCCAGACCAGUGAUGAAGUGGCCGGUGAAGCCGAUGAAACACUCCCCUUGGCACCAAUUCUAACCCCCGUAGCCCCAGAGGAGGAUAGUUUGUAUACACUGCCAAUCAACUCAUUAUACGAGGCGACUAGACUCCCUGCAUUGAGAAACCCCACGAAUCCAGAAACCCAGACGGGAACGGCUGUCUCCGAUUUCAUCUCCCGCGGCGCAUUGACCGAAGCUGCCGCUCAACAGCUCCUCUUCCUUUUCAAGAACAGACUCAACUACUUUUGCUAUGGCAUUCUUUGCCCGCAUGACACCUUACAUAGUCUUCGUAGCAGUUCUCGUCUGUUGACUGCAGCUAUUUGCGCUGUUGCUUCGUUGCACGAUCCGGAUGCAUCUGCCACGUUCAAGGUAUGCCAUGCCGAGUUCCUGAGACUUGUUUCGUCCAACAUGUUUUCAGUUUCUUAUUCCUGCGAUGAUCUUCGCGCGCUUAUUGUCGGAGCCUACUGGUUGGGCAAUGUUUCCUACACCCUACUCGGCCAUGCCAUCCGCAUCGCUAUGAGGUUAAAUCACCACUUGGCCUACUUCUCCGUCAUAGAGAAUCCUGGCAAUGCAGGGAGCGUUGAGAAAGCACGUCUUUGGUACUGCCUCUAUAUCAUGGACCAUCAUUCUAGCAUAUUGUAUGGCCGUCCGGCGCUGAUAUCCCCCAAAGAGGAAGCCCACCAACAGUGGGAGCGAUUUAUUGAAGUCAAUGGCCAUGCCGAGGUUGAUCUGCGCAUGUCAAGCCAGGUAGCUCUCUAUCAUAUCAUAGCCAAGGUCAAGGAUGUAUUUGGAGGAUAUUCACAUAAAACAAUACCCGCGCACUGCUUUGCUCAGUUGCUGAGCUUUCUCGGGGAGCUGGACCGAUGGUAUAUGAUUUGGGGGGAUCGAAUGCCACGCAAUGCCCACGUCGGAUGGUUCCCAAGAGAUGGGGCAAUACUUCACUAUCACUUUGCCCGGCUACACCUCUGCUCCUAUAUCUUCCGAUCCAUGUCUCUGGAGUCGGCGGCGACCGCAUCCCUACAGGUGCAGGAUUUUGCAUCGGUUGCUGUAACCUCUGCCACCAGCGUGCUUGAACUGGUUCUGGAAAGAGACGAUCUGAGAACCGCCCUCGUUGGCAUGCCCAUCUAUUUCCACGGCAUGAUAACAUUCGCAGCCGUGUUUCUCACUAAAGCCACCAAAAACAACUUCUGGGAGCUCACCACCAUCGACGUACCCAAAGUUUUCGCUCUCCUGCAAAGAUAUGUUAGCGAGCUCCGGUCACAGAAAGCAGCCCGUCAACAUUUGGUCUACCACAUGAGCAACGGCCUUGAUGACAUGAUGCGGGCCUCCAGGAAGCUCACAGAGGAAUCAACCGAGAUUUCCGAUCUGGGUUCCAUGGAACAGCCACAAAUGAUGCUGACGAUGGAUUCCAUGUUUGAUAUGAACACCUUUGAUCUCCUACAAGAGUCGAUUUCGCAGGAUAUGAAUACGAUCGUGGGCCAGGGAGAUGAAUGGCAAAAUCAGUACGAAAUGUGGCCUGAGUAG